AUGGGACGGAAAACUGGCGCGCUUCAUAUCAACCCUAAGAGAUUUGGUUCGCUUCAUAAACCUUGCAUGAAGGAAAUGAUACUGUUUCUCAACUGUAUGGCUGCAAGCCCUAACAAUAGUGAUGCGUGUGCUCGGCAGAAGGAAGUAUUAAAUGCCUGUAUGGAUUCUCAGAGUAAAAAAAACAGAAAAUCUUGGGGGAGUAUCAAUUAUCAACUGCAGAGGCUUAGCCGAGGAAGAAAGUAGCUUGAGGUUUUCAUAUAUGUAUCACUUUUACAAUUUGAGAUUGUUAUUUGGA